AUGGUUUUAAAUACCCUUGUCUGUCAUGUUUGUGGAAAGAAUUAAUCCAUUUUUUCCUUUUGCAGUUCAUGGAAACCACCCAUUAUUUGAGUAGAAGCAAUGUCUUGGAGGACUGUAUUUUCAAAAAGGCAAAACAAAGUACAUGAAAUUAUGUAUUUCACUGAGAGUGGCUGUAGGUAAACAGUGACCAGAUAAUAGGGCUGUUUUAAAGAAAGGCGCUUAUGUGUAUCUGAGAAUACAAAAUAAAAGGCUUAUCUUCUGAUUAUUUGUUUCUAGGUUUGUUUUUGUUUCUUUUUUGUUUGUUUGUUUGUUUUGGUUUUGUUGUUUUUUUUUUUUUUGGUCCUCUCUGUCAAUGCAGAGGCAGUUUUUAAAAAAAUAAUUAAAUAGAAAUCUGACUGUAAAAAGAUCUAGCUAGCAUAUGUGUGUCGUGACAACAAGGGGAGUUUUAGGAGUGAUAAAAAUCCCUGACCAAAAUACUUGGAGGUUGUUAUUUAUAAAAGUGAGUUCUAAAAAAACAUUUAAUUUCUAAGUAGCUGUUAUGAAUUAGUGGUGUUCCUGAUGCCUGUCAAUCUCUGCUCUUUGCUAAGGUUUGGUACAGCAUUUGAUGUGCACAGCUCACCGUUCCUUGGAUCUGUUCCAUCGAUCUUCCCCAUUUGGAGCUCCCUGAACAUCUUGAGUUUCUCUGAGGUUCCUGAUGUCAUCAGCAGCAUAAGACAAGUCUCUAAAGCAGCACUGAAAGAAGAUGCCAAACCAAGUAAGGAUAAUGAAGAUGCCUUCUAUGACUCCCAAAAAUUUGAGGUCUUGUACUGUGGAAAGGUGACAGUGGCUCACAAGAAAGCUCCCUCCACACUAAUUGAUGACUGCAUAGAGCAAUUCAGCCUCCAUGAGCGCCAGCGCCUCAAACUGUUAAACGAGCAGCGGAAUAAUGAGUCAAGUUUGGACUUGCCCCUGUGUGAAGAAAAUGUGCCAGCUUCUCCUCUGGACAGCCCGUUCGAGGAGCUGGACAGCCCAAACAGCCCUUCAGGGCAUGCUGCAAUGUUUACAAUUGGCAGCCAGACCAACCUGACCAACCUGGCCAGCACUCGUGGCUUCUUUCCAGAGAGAAUUUUAGAGGACUCUGGCUUUGAUGAGCAGCAGGAGUUCCGCUCCCGGUGCAGCAGUGUCACUGCAGUGAUGCAGAGAAAGGUUCAUGACACAAACCUGAAAAUACAGUCCCGCAGAAGGCAUGCAAGUGCACCCAGUCAUGUUCAGCCCUCUGAUUCUGAGAAGAACAGGACAAUGUUGUUCCAGGUUGGAAGGUUUGAAGUUAACCUCAUCAGUCCAGACACCAAAUCUGUUGUGCUUGAAAAGAAUUUUAAAGAUAUCUCCUCAUGUUCUCAGGGUAUAAAACAUGUUGAUCACUUUGGUUUUAUUUGCCGGGAAUCUGUGGAACCUGGGUUAAGCCAGUAUGUUUGCUAUGUGUUCCAGUGUGCAAGUGAGUCUCUGGUUGAUGAGGUAAUGCUGACCCUGAAGCAAGCCUUCAGCACUGCUGCAGCCCUGCAAAGUGCCAAGACUCAAAUUAAACUGUGUGAGGCCUGCCCUAUGCAUUCACUGCACAAACUUUGUGAAAGAAUUGAAGGACUCUAUCCACCAAGAGCCAAACUUGUAAUUCAGAGGCAUCUGUCAUCACUAACAGACAAUGAGCAAGCAGACAUUUUUGAACGUGUUCAGAAAAUGAAGCCUGACAAUGACCAGGAAGAAAAUGAGCUUGUGAUCUUACAUCUCCGUCAGCUCUGUGAGACUAAGCAGAAAACACACAUCCACAUUGGUGAAGCACCGCUGGUCAUUUCUAACAGUGCAAUUCCAGAAAGCACCACCAGUGGUGGCCGGUUUAAACUUGACAUUCUGAAAAACAAGGCAAAGAAAUCCUUGACUAGCUCUCUGGAAAAUAUCUUCUCAAGGGGAGCCAACAGAAUGCGAGGCCGCCUGGGAAGUAUGGACAGCUUUGAGCGCUGCAGCAGCCUGGUUUCUGACAGAGACACUUCUCCGGGCGAUUCCCCGCCAGCUACUCCUCCAGCGUCCCCCGUGUCCUCGGCCUGGCAGACGUUUCCCGAGGAAGGCUCGGACUCCCCUCAGUUCAGGAGGCGUGCACACACCUUCAGCCACCCGCCCUCCAGUGCCAGACGGAGGAUAACCUUCCAGAACGGCAGGUCCCAGAGCGCCCGCUCCCCGCUGCUGCGGCAGAACUGCGUGGAGGCCACAAGUGAUGGGGAGGGAAAGAAAAGAACAUCAGCCUGCAGCAGUGAAUCUCUAAAUGCUGCGGGGGCCACGCUCACACCUCGCCGCAUCUCCUGGCGGCGGAGAAUAUUCCUGCAGGUAGCUUCACCUAUGAAUAAAUCUCCUUCCAAGAUGCAGCAUCCAGAUGGUCAUGAUGGAAGUGAAUUGUUACCCUUAUCCCUUCUUGCUCCACCCCUGGAGGAGGACCCUCUUGUUCUAGUGUUGCAAAAUGAGGAUGGUUCAGAUAAAACUGGAGAGAGGAAAAACUCAGAAGAACUACAAAGUCUAUGGAGAAAAGCCAUCCAUCAACAAAUUCUGUUACUUCGAAUGGAAAAAGAAAACCAGAAGCUGGAAGCAAGCAGAGAUGAGCUCCAAUCAAGAAAAGUAAAACUGGAUUAUGAUGAAGUUGGCACAUGUCAGAAAGAUGCCAUAAAUAUUUGGGAUAAGAAGUUACUAAACUGCAGAGCCAAAAUCCGAUGUGACAUGGAAGAUAUUCAUUCCACUUUAAAAGAAGGUGUACCAAAAAGUCGUCGGGGAGAAAUUUGGCAGUUUUUGGCUGUGCAACACCGAGUCAGGCACAGGCUGCCAAACAAGCAGCAACCUCCUGACAUCUCUUACAAAGAACUUCUGAAACAACUGACUGCUCAACAGCAUGCCAUCCUAGUAGAUCUGGGACGGACAUUCCCUACGCAUCCUUACUUUUCCACACACCUGGGAGCAGGACAGCUGUCACUGUUUAAUCUCUUGAAAGCGUACUCUUUGCUGGACAAAGAAGUGGGUUAUUGUCAAGGUAUAAGUUUUGUAGCUGGAGUGCUGCUUCUGCAUAUGAGUGAAGAACAGGCCUUUGAAAUGCUGAAAUUCCUCAUGUAUGACCUUGGCUUCCGUAAACAGUACAGGCCAGACAUGAUGUCACUACAGAUUCAGAUGUAUCAGCUCUCAAGGCUUCUACAUGAUUACCACAGAGACCUGUAUAAUCAUCUUGAAGAGAAUGAAAUCAGUCCCAGUCUUUAUGCUGCACCAUGGUUUCUUACACUGUUCGCAUCUCAAUUUUCAUUAGGAUUUGUAGCCAGAGUGUUUGACAUUAUUUUUCUUCAAGGAACAGAAGUCAUAUUUAAAGUAGCACUGAGCCUACUUAGUAGUCAAGAGACAUCUAUAAUGGGAUGUGAAAAUUUUGAGAACAUUGUUGAUUUUCUUAAAACCACUAUUCCAGAUAUGACAAAACCUCAAAUGGAAAAAAUUAUUACUCAGGUGUUUGAGAUGGAUAUUUCAAAACAGCUCCAUGCCUAUGAAGUAGAGUACCACGUUCUUCAGGAUGAACUACAGGAAAAUGUGAGCCCCUGUGACGAAGGUGAACCUCUGGAGAAGCUGGAGAGGGCAAACAAUCAUCUGAAGAGGCAAAACAUGGAUUUGUUAGAGAAGCUACAGGUUGCUCACGCGAAAAUUCAGAGUCUGGAAGCCAGUCUGGAGAGUGUUUUGACAAGAGAGAACAAAAUGAAGACUGUAAUUCAGUCCCUGGAGCAGGAGAAGAUAACAUACCAAAAGACUCUUGAGCAGAUAGUGAAGUAUUUGCCAGCAGAAGUGUUGCCUGACUGUGAACUGCUUCUGAAGGAAGUAAACUACAACCCAAAUAAUAAAAUAUGGAGUAAGCCAUAAACCAGGAUUUUCUAGGCAGCAUUUCUUCAAAACCAAAAAGGGAAUGAAAAGAUUUGUAUGCUGCUUUCAAUAGCUACUUAGCACUAGGCAAUGGUAUUACCCAAAAAAUCAUGCUGGGACACUCAUAGCUACAGAUGGGCCUUCAAGUGUCAGUAUGCAAAUUCAGGCUAUUAAUUUUUUUAUAAUUAUGUAAAUAAAUCACAAGGGGGAAAUAAAAGAUUCUCACAUGUAAUUAUGAUCAGUAGAUGUAUAUUUAGAGUUGACCUAAAGGAAAGGAGAAAUUGGAGUAGAGAAAGAUAAUGGUGAUCUGCAAAUUCACUCUGGAUGUGCUUGUCUUGUAGUGAAAUGAGGAUAGUGUGUCUUUAUAUAUAUAUAUAUAUAUAUAUAUAUAUAUGUAUAUUGAAUAUGUUGAAUAAUACUUGAAGACAAAAAGAAAAGGAGAAUGUAAUUUUCCCUCCAAAGAGCAGCAUGUUUCACAUCUUCUGUGGAAAAUCUGUGUGAACUCAUGCGUGCCUCUCUCUUUUAAUUCUACUAAGAUUGUGAGCACAGAUGGAUAAGGAAACAAAGUAUCAUGAUGUGGUUUGCACAGAAAGAGCUGUAGUGUCAUCCACUGCCUGGGCUGUACCAGUCAGCAGUGUCAUUCCACAUGCAUGUUGGAACUGGAAACAAAAGAGCAUCACAUCACAGCUGUGUCCAUAACCCAGAGCUGAGGAAUAGGUGUCUGCACGCACUCGCAGAGCUGGCAGAGGCAAGAGCUGGCAGUGACUGCCACUUCCUUCCUGGCCUGUUUGCUUCCACCUGUCCUGGGGCUGAUCGUGAUGAGGAGAGGGAGGAAGCACAACAGAGGGAUGGGAUUUAUCUAGAUAAUAAUUUUCCACUGGAGACUUGCCUUUUGUAAGAGUUAGGUGUGUCAGGGGUUCUCAUUUAACCAAAGAAAUGCUGCAAGAAGCCUUGUCUAAUUGUAUUGGGAUGCAGAAAGCUGUUUUAAAUUUUAUUUGAGAAGAAAAUUGAGGUAGGUUGCAGAAAUUUUAGUGUGAGUGCACGAGAGGACCAAGCAAGUCUCAGAUACUAUGUACCUUUCAGAUUUUGCAUAUACAGUGGCUAUACAUUUCAAAGGGGAUCCUGAAGUACAGGCACAAUUUUAAUAACACUUUUCAGGCUAUUCCUGUUUUAAUACUGCUUUGUGGUCUUCUUUUUAAAACAAAAGUCAUGAAUUUGUGUGUUCUGGACAGAAGGUAGGAUAAACUCUGAUCAUUUCAAGGGAGAAAUUAUGUUUUUAGAGGUAUAAAAAGUUGCAUACAGAUUUGAAAAUGUUUUUGAGUGGAAUUUUUGAGAAGGCUUAGACAAAUGUGUAAUAGAUGAGUAUUUUGAAGUGCAUGUCUGAACCCUUAAUUGCAUUUUACAGUGGCUCAUGUUAUUGCUUUCCAUUUCUACUGUAUUUCAGGAAAUUAUGUUUUUCUUGUAUUUCAUUCAUUUUAGUAAGAAAACCAAUUGAGCAAAGUGCCAAAUACAGCAGUGUCUUUUUGCAUAAGAUUGUCCAAUUUAGAAAGCAAGGACUGAAUAUCACUUCAUUCUAAGCAUUAUGCUUUAUGUUACCAUAGAAGUGAGGAACAACAAGGCUUAUAUGCUUCACACUGCUGUGGAACUCAGGGGCUUCGGCUGUCCUGGGUAUUUUGUUGUUGUUUUUUUUUACUUCCAUGAUAUUUUAUUUGAUUAAAGAUACUGAUUUACUUAACAGUCUGUUUUUACAUUUGGGGUGAAAGGUCUUAGCACGGUGUAUAAAAUUAUGUGGAAUCUCUCUAGAUGUUUCAAGAAUGUUGUAUUGUACUAAAUGGGGAAAUGCCAAGUGAAAAAGCAGUUCUUUGCAGUUUUGUUCAGAGUGAGUUUUAGCUGAUGUGUACCUAAACAACUAAUCCUAGGAACUGCAGCAGCAUCUAUUACAAAGAAACAAGAUUAUUCAGAUACAUCUUUUUUUAAAAAAAAGAUGCACUGAAUGAGCUUCAUCCUCUGUUUCACUUUAAAAUUUGUUCAUGUAAUACCUGGAGAAAUUCCAAUAAAUAUCAU